CCCGCCAAGACGCCCUCUGUUGGAUGGCCUGAUGGAUCGCGGAGCAAAGUGAUCCCCCCCCUGGAAGCAGAGCCGUCUCUCCCAGCAAUGGAGGUGAAGGGACAGCUGAUCAACUCCACCAGCUACAGCUCUUCCGAGGCUCUGCAGCGGGACCUUUGUCCCCGGAUCCGGCUGGAGCGGGUUCAGGAGCUGCUUGAGAAGCAGCGGGCCCUUCAGCAGGUUCUCAGCCUGCGCCUGAAGGAGCUGCGUCGGGUGUGCCUACAAGAAGCGGAACUGACAGGGAAGCUGCCCCCGGAGUACCCGCUGGAGCCAGGUGAAAGACCACAGCCUGUGCGGAGGAGGCCGGCACCCGCCUAUCGGAUCCCCGCUGCCCUGAAGAAUGAGGAAGCGCCAUCUCUGGAAGAGCUGGCCCGCGAACUGGCCCUGCAGCAGCAAGUGGUGGAAGCGGCCCGACGCCUGGCAGUCGCCCCAGAGCUGACGGCUGAGCAGCGUCGUCGUCGGAGGCAGGUCCAGGCGGACGCCGCCCAGCGCCUUCGGGAGCUCGAGAUCCAGGUGGUCGAGUGCCGGGUGCGGCUGAGCAAAGGAGCCCCUCAGAGAAGCAACCACGAUGAAGCUUUUCAUUCGGAGAGCAGCUCCCUUUCGGAAUCGGCCAGUCACGAAAAUGAUGACCCUCACGGCUUCUAUCCUUCCAAAGCCCCCAAUCUCCAGGGCCCCUUCCCGGACCGACCCUCGCCUCCCAAAGCCCGUGAUCAUUUACGGGCCGUCUCUAGCAGCCCCGACAGACGGCCAGGGUGGCGGCUUCUGCAGACGGAUCUCUACAGCGAGGCCAAGGACCGCAGGAACUCAGUCGCCAGCCCAACCAGCCCAAACCGCACCCUCCCCAGGAGCGUGUCCAGCUUCGAGGGCCGGAGCGUCCCAGCUACCCCGGUGCUGGCGAGAAACGCUUGCAGUGGGAACCACCAGUUCAGGUCUGAGGCCCCGGCGCUUCACCCCCGCCAGUGGUCGGGCAGCCACGAUUCCCAGCUCGGCCCCCCAAGCCGCGACACUAGCGCUGACCGGGCCUCCGUUUUUGCUGCUCGGACCCGCCGAAGUAAUAGUUCAGAGGCCUUGAUUGAACGAGCCCCUUCAGAGGACCCUAUCUUGCCCUCAGCCCCCCCUUUCAAAAGCACAGAAGCCCUGACCCCCUCCAUUUCGGGCCGGAACCCUCGCCCGCCCUACAACGAUCUCCUUCUGGACUACUACCUGGAACGCAGGUGUUGGGGAGGUGGAGAACACCUGUCUCGCCGGGACGGACCUCCCCAGACGGAGUGGGUGGCUUUUCCGGAGAGCCCUUCGCAGCGCAGAGCCCGCCCGGCAGCUCGCACCAAGUCCUGUGGCCCGCUGCUGCCCCCCCAGUCCCGGGAGGUCGGCUACGGACCCCAGUUGCCCCCUCAGCGUAACUUCCACAAAGCCCUAGCCCUGGAGGGGCUCCGGGACUGGUACUUGCGCAAUGCCGGAAUCAGCCAGCGGGGGGCGCCGGAAAGACGGGGGCCGGCUCAGUCCGUCCAUCAGCAACUGCGCAGUUACUGUGAACCGGUGCCGCCCAACCCGGAGAUGGGCUACUAUGGGGGGCAAGGAGGGCUCCCCCACUCGCUGAGUUACGCUGGGCAGCCUCUCUAUGGCAGACCUUUUGGGGAACUGCUUUACGCGGACGACUCUGUUGGCCCCUACGCCCUGGACUCCACGGAGCACCCGUCCCCGGGCACCUUGGUCUAAUGCCUGCUUUCUUUCCCCCAAGGGGAAAUGCAGUCCUCUUUCUGUUGAUCUCGCUGGUGCCUCUUUUUGUUUUCCUCUUGUGUUCUACACUGUGUGUUGUGUGGGAUUCCCUGCUGGCAGGGUUUUUGUGUGUGCGCGCGUGUGUGUGAAGCGAGUAAGUGUGGACCGUUGCAUGUUAUACUAGAGACACAAUGGGCUGCAGGAAUGUGUCCCUGCUUCCUACACAUUGUUAUCUGUUUCCCCCAAAUAUUGGGGUCUGUGUCUGCUGUGCCAUCUCUGCCCUCCUCUUCGAAGGGUUUGAAUACUUGUUUUAAUGCUCUCUUGUGGUCACAAAGAAGUUGCUGAGGUGUGGCGUUUUAAGACCUUGGAAUUUAUAGCCACGAAGGGGAGAGCAUGUGUGUUUUGUGUAUGCGUGUUGUUUUUCCCUCUUGUAAAAACCUCAAAUAGCACAGAGCAUAAAUCGGUCCUGUAAAAAAUAAAUCUCUCCCCC